AUGGAGAACUUCAUCACUGGAUAUCCCGGUCAUGAACAUGAACUUCGUGUCGCGAUGCUCGAAGUCCUUGGCCAAGAAAAGUACGACUUCUUCUUCGACAAGUUCCUGGAGUACUUCUUUACCUCCUCUGAUGCCAAGUUUCUAAAGUCCCUCGGCAUGAACUGUCUUCGCAUUCCGAUCAACCACCGCCACUUUAUGGACGACCGCAACCCGGGCGUGAUCAAGGCGUCCGGUUUCAAGCUCGUUGAUCGCAUCGUGGACGCUUGUGCGGCUGAAGGUAUCUAUACCGUCCUUGACUUGCAUACUUGCCCUGGUGGGCAAAAUCAAGGCUGGCACUCCGACUCUGGGAUCCACAAAGCCCUCUUCUGGGAGUUCAAGGACUUCCAAGACAGAGUUAUCCAGCUGUGGACGGCGCUCGCUAAGCAUUAUGCUGACAACACUUGGAUCGCUGGAUACAACCCCAUGAAUGAACCUGGUGAUCCGAAGCAUUCUGAUCUCCAGGAGUUCUAUACUCGUGUGGAGAAGGCAAUCCGCGAAGUUGAUCCCAACCAUAUGCUAUUCCUCGAUGGUAACACCUACGCCAUGGAUUUUAGCGGCUUCGAGAAGGUGCUUCCUAACACCGUCUACGCCAUUCAUGACUACUCCAACAUGGGUUUCCCUAUGGGAGAUGCGUACAAGGGGACUUCGGCGCAGAAGGAAAUGCUGCAGAAACAGUUCGACCGCAAAGUUGAGUUCAUGCACGAACACAAAGUAGCCGUAUGGAAUGGCGAAUUUGGCCCGGUGUAUGCCAGUCCAGAGGACGAUAAGAACUUCGAGGAGAUCAACCAACAGCGGUACGACCUUCUCGGCCAACAGCUAUCCGUUUACCGGAAGGAGAAUGUAAGCUGGAGUAUUUGGACGUACAAGGACAUUGGUUUCCAGGGCAUGGUUUACACCGACCCCGGUUCACCUUACAUCCGCCUUCUUAAGCCUCUUCUCGAGAAGAAGAAGAGGAUGGGUCUCGAUAAGUGGGGCAGAAACGACAAGUUCGUUGCUGAUAUCUAUGAACCUGUGAUGAAGCAUCUGGAAGCCGAGAUUCCGGAUCAUCUUCACAAGAUCAGGUAUCCGCACCACUGGGGUCUCCGCGUGCAUGCUCACCGCGUUCUGCGGGAGAUGCUGGUGUCGGAAUACUUGGUUCAAGAAUUUGCAGAGUACUUCAAAGACAAGUCUUUUGAUGAGUUGGAUGAACUCGCGGCUUCGUUCAGGUUGGAGAAAUGUGUGAAGCGUGAUGGUCUCAAUAAAAUCCUGGAGGCGGAUGCAGAAAUGACCAAGUGA